GGCACCAUGUGUCCCUCAGAUGGCAUUUCCAUACUGCCCUCCCCUUUGUGAUGAUGAUGAUGAUAAUGAUGGUGAUAUCACCAGCCAUACCAUCCUCCUAUCAAUGAGAGAAAGGGAAAGAGAGAGAGAGAGAGGGGGUCUGUGUAUUUUCAGCCACACGCUGACAGCUGUGCAGCUACCCCACGUACGUGCUCACAUCCGGAGACACAGUAAGGGAGAGAGAUAGAAGGAGAGAGGGAGGGACAGAGAGAGAGAGAGGGAGGCUGGUGUCCCCUCUUCUUUUUUUGGCAUCAUUUGCUCUGCAGACGAGUGCGUGGCAUAUCGGCUCCCGGAUUUCCCAUUAACUUUCCUCUUCUUUGCAGUUUUUUUUUUGUACUCUUUUCAUCGUUGCAUUCCUCCGUCCAGAGAGUAUUUGGAAUGAACUGUUUUCCUGCCUGCGUCGUUUCCAUGUCAGCAUGGGAACUGCCGUGUCCAAAAGGAAGAAUUUAAGAAACGAUGCGAUAUCAUCCGUGGCAGCAAAAGUUAGAGCAGCGAGAGCAUUUGGAGAGUACCUGUCCCACACACACCCUGAAAACCGAAACGGAUCAGCCCAUCUUCUGUGCGAAACGUUGGUGGGUCCCGACCCGGAGUCACCAAGUGACAAGAUUGGCCCAAACAACAACCACCUCCAUCCUACCUCUAACAACACCAAGGGCUGUGAGAACAACAACGAGCCAAGCCCGGUGAAGCCCCCGCUGGGCUUACUCCAGGCACCUCCCCCUUCCAUCACCAUCUCAACCAAGCCAGCACGUCUUUCCCUCGAGCGCAGCUUCUCAGCCGAGGAGGACCAGCAAAAGAGUGUUGAGUGCACCCUGCAGCCGGCCCGUGUCUACACCAUCACCACCCAGCGUGGUAUGCUGAUGAGCAGCAACCGGGGCAGCAAGGAGAGCCUAGAACUGGACGUCCUAAAGGAGAAGUCGGGGAGUGGCAGGCUGGGAUCCAAAGGUGGCUUGGUCCAGCCCUCCACUUCCCCUUCUUCCACCUCAUCAUCGCCAACCCAGCACCACCAUGCCAGCAGCGGCCGUGGCACCAGCAGCAGCAGCGGGAGUCAUCAUCAUGGCAACCACCAUGGGAACCACCACCAUCACGGCGGCAUAUUGGGCCCCAACACCCCCUCUAGCAGUGGAGGGGCAAGUGGAAGCAGCAGUAGCAACCAACAGCAGCAGCAGCAAUCUUUAAAUAUUUCUGGAUCCCACCAUCAUGUAUCACACCAUCACCACCAUCACCUGUCUCAACCCCCGCUGCAGACCUCUGUCAGCGCCCACAACAUCCGCAGCUGGGGUGAAGGUGGAAAAGGAGAGGCUGAGUGCAGCGGGCUGGCCUGUGACUCAUGCGGUGGCGCCCCCUCGAGGAGCCAGGGCUCCUUGGAUCUAGAGAGCACGUCCCGAGAGGCAGGCAAGCAGCACCGACGCCUAGAACGGAUGUGGAGUGUGGACCGGAUGACUGGGCUGGAGAGAGAGGACACUAACUGGUUCCCCAAGGAAAACAUGUUCAGCUUUCAAACUGCCACAACGACCAUGCAGGCGUGAGUGAACUUCCGGAAGCAUCUUCGGAUGGUGGGCAGCAGAAGGAUUAAAGCACAGAUGUUCGCUGAGCGUAGAUCGAAGAGUUUCAGCCGUUCCUGGAGUGACCCCACCCCUGUCAAGACUGACUCUCCUCAUGAACCCAAAGACAGUGGAGACUUGCAAGCCUCCUGUGGUCCUCUGGAUGAAGGGGGCGUUGAUGACAAUGUAGACUGGGAGGAGGAGAGAGAGAUGGAGCGGCUGGCCUGUGAAGGAGACGACUUUGUACCUCCGAAAAUCAUACUGAUCUCUUCUAAGGUGCCCAAGGCAGAAUACGUUCCCACUAUACUCCGCAGGGAUGACCCUUCCAUCAUUCCCAUCCUUUAUGACCAUGAACAUGCAACUUUUGACGAUAUUUUAGAGGAAAUCGACAAGAAGCUCACAGCUUACAGGAGAGGCAGUAAGUUCUGGAGGAUGCUCAUCUUUUGUCAGGGAGGCCCGGGUCACCUGUAUCUACUGAAGAACAAAGUGGCAACCUUUGCAAAGGUGGAAAAGGAGGAAGACAUGAGCCAAUUCUGGAGGAGGCUCAGUCGCUUCAUGAGUAAAGUCAACCCAGAACCAAACCUCAUCCAUAUAAUGGGAUGCUAUGUGCUAGGCAACCCCAAUGGAGAGAAGCUGUUCCAGAAGCUGAAGAAUCUGAUGAGGCCUUAUUCUGUCGAGUUUCAGUCGCCGCUGGAGCUGUCUGCACAGGGCAAAGAGAUGAUUGAGAAGUACUUUGACUUCCGCCUCUACCGACUUUGGAAGACACGCCAGCACUCCAAACUCUUGGACUAUGAGGAUUUGUUGUGACGAAAGAAACCUGAAGAGUGGGCCGAGCUGAGCCCUCCAUUGCCACGGGGAACAUAAAAAUGAAAAAAAAAAAUAAAUAAAACUGAUCCAAUGACUGAACUCUGCUCAACGGUAGUGCUGAACAACAUCAAACUAAAUAUAAAGCGGUCAUCCUGCUUCAUCCUGUGAGAGGAGGAAGAGGAGUGGCAGGAAAAGGAGGCUGAAGACAAAAUGAAAACAUGCUGUGCCUCGGCUCCUCCUCAUUUUCAGAGAAAGGAUCAAAAACUAAUAUAAAAGGGCAAAAAAUAAACAUACUAUCACAGGUUAGAAAAAAAGCAGAGACACCUGGACUGAAGCUAAAUCAGAAUAAAAAAUUAAACAUUAAAAAAGAAAGAAAAGGAAAUUAUUUUGUCAUCCAAACUGCUGAAUUUCAUCUGUCAUAAUGUGGUUCUGUGUUUUGACUGAACCUCUCAGAUAAUCUCAAAUCAUACACAAACAUGAAUAUUCCAUCUGUCAAUGUGUGUGUAUAUAUAUAUCACAGGAUUAUAUUAGCAUAGCUUUAGUCAUGCAAAUAAUACUCCAUAUGAGAAUAAUGAUGCAUCAUUUAUUUUUUUGAUGUGCAUUGGUGUGCAGUUUCAUACGGGACAUACUUUGGAACAACUCAGGUUUUAGCCAUAAAGUAAUUAAUCUGUUCAUCUGGUAUCAAUAUAUUGUAAUCUUCAUCUUCCCACUGCUUGGAAUGAAUGUAUUAUCUUUAUGGAAAUGUAUCUCUUCAGUUAGAGAUAUUGAGCCUGAUGUUUCUGUUUAAAAAGAGGUACGAUGUGCUGAUUAUGUGUGUGAGUGUGAGAACGUGUGUGUGUGUGCGUGUGUGUGUGUGUGUGUGUGUGUGUGUGUGUGUGUGUGUGUGUGUGUGUGUGUUUUCCAUGUGAAAAAAAAAGAAACCAUGCAGAUGUGUUGAGUGUCUUUUUUUGUCUCUUUCUGCUUCUCUGCUAAAGCAAAAAUAACUGUUCAUCUUAAUGCUCCACAUUUUCUCGCUUUCUGUCACAUUCAUACACAAGCAUGAAGACAUUCUUGUGUGAUUCAUGAUGUCAUAAGGGAUGUAACAGCCAUCCAAGUGCUCCUACCCCCGUAGUGUAGGAGUUGCCCUUUUGAUCCCUCUUGCUCUUUUUGCAGAAGGUUCAGGCCACUUAGUCGGCCCCUGUCAACAGUGCCAGCUGCUCUCGCUAUCUGCCAAACACUCGGCAUCUCCUAAUGGCAGCUAAACGAGCUUCCGCCACCUUUCACUGGGCCGAAAUCCAGUCUGAGGACCCAAGUUCUCUGAAUUAAACAGAUCUGCCAGGAGUUUAAGCUGUUAACAGCCAUCUGCUGCCCCUGCCAGGUGUCGGCUAGUUAAAAGGCCCCAAAUAUGCAGCGAGUGUCCGAGACCAUUGUUGUCGCAGUACCUGAGUGACCUGAGCUGUCUCAAAUAGAUUAAGGAUGGUCGACUGUGGAGAGCAGCAGCACAAACUGCUGCUUGACAAAAAAUCCAAGACAAGUAUGCAAGUGCUUACUCAAAAACACACUCAAACGUAAUAACACAAACAAAACACUUAGGCUGGGAUUAAGAAAAUCAUCACGGCUAAAUUAAAGAGGCACUUCUAAAGACUGCACACGUAAGAAGUGCUACAGACUGUAGCAGUAAACCAUCUGCUUGAGGACUUGGGUUGGGUUGGGCCAUUUUGAACCCUUAGGGCUUGGCAUUUUGACCAUCACCAUCUUUUUUUUUCCAAAACAGAAGUUACUUUAUUUGGACUAGGGGUUGGAUACACAUUGCUACAAAUCUAUGAUGGACAGGUUGCUUUUGUAGCUUAAUUGAAAUGUAGCCGCACACUAAGCACACAAGGCUUUAACUCGGACCAUAAACUUGGACCAUGAUCUCAAUGUAAAAAUGGUAAAUGGAUGGACUUGAGCUUUUAUAGCGCUACUACACAAAGCGCUUUUACACCGCAUGUCACAUCUACUCAUUCACUCCCGUUCACACACUGAUGACAGAGGUUGCUUUGUAGUGAGACCAUCAGAAGUAAUUAAUCCCAUUCAUAAGCAUUCAUUCGCUGCUGCCGACGAAGCAGCAGGAGCAAUUCAGGGUUAAGUGUCUUGCCCAAGGACACAUCGGACAUGUUGCUGCAGGAGCUGGGGAUCGAACCCUCGACCUUACGGUUGAGAGAAGACGACUACCAACUGAGCAACAGCCACUCUAUGAUUUCAUAGGUCCUGAAUCAAGGGGGCAGGAGGGUCUUUUGUCAUUGACUUCAAUAUUUUCUAUGUUUUUGUUUUUACAAGCAAUGAAGUUAAUGUACUUUAGCAUGAAUGCAGAUAUGAGGCAUUUGGGCCAUUUGCUUUUCAUACUGCGUUUCCUGCAUUUAACCAGCCCCGCUUGAACAUAAUUAGACAGUAAUACUCUUAACUACAAACUUAUACAAGAGCACUUCUGAUGCGAAAAAUUUUGUCUCUAGACUUGAAGAUUCUGAUUGCAAAAAUGUGUUUGUCGAUAUUAUGUGACAUUGGCUUUACUGUUCAGUACCAGAGGCUACAUCCACUUCUUGUUCAUAUAGUCUAUGGGCAUGAACCAGACUUUAAAAGUGAAAUAUCAGCUAACACAUCAAAAAGAGUAAUUCUGAGCCUGCAGACACAUUUGUAUAAAAGUUUCUGUGGGAGGAAGAUUUCUAAAGUCAGGGAAAAUAAACCUGGUUUCAUUACAGCUUCAGCUUCCAGAUUGAAAUGAAAACGAUUGCAGAAAGUCUGUGUUAUAAGCUGAGAGUGUAGACAUUAAAGUAUACUGGAUUUUUCCAGGCAAGAUUGCUUUAAUGGAAGAAGCUAUCAGUUGUAUAUGGGGAAUGUAGGAUUUAUCUUUACAUUUUUCAAAUCAAUCUCUAACAACUCCCCAAAAUGUAAGUCAAAGCAUUAUAAAUCCCCGUGUACAUGACAACAAAUGAACAGUUCAUUAUUGCUGUUAGAUUGUUGCCAUCCUAUCUGAUGUGUUUGUGUGUUUUGGCUUUUCAAAAUGCUACCACAUGACAGGAAUGAUUUUCAAAAUGAGGCAGUAGCACAAGGAGACUGCUCAAGCAGUAAGCCAAGUAGGGUUUUAAUAUCUAAAGAAAGAGGUUUAAGUCAUUUGAUAGAUUGUAAUUAUCCCAGCCCUCAAGACACACAAACAUACACACACAAACACACACACAAACAGGAAAACAUGCUCUACAGCUGUGUUUGGUGGAUAGGUUUCCUCUGUCAUGAUUGGUGUGGAUGUGUUGAUAUUUGGAGCACUAUGUGCAGAUUAUUUUUUGUGUUGGAGUUAAUCAGUCUCUUUGGAGUGCUCUCUGUCUCUCUACAAGCAGAACUCUGAUUUUCAUUUGCAUUGCCCUCUCUCUCUGACAUUGCAGUGCUGGCCUACAGUUUUGUCUGGCACAGACGAAUGCUCUCUCAGCCUGAGUCGUGCAGUAAAUGUUUUCACUACAGAUUUAAAAUUCAACAGUUACACAACAUUGAACCAUUUUUAAGUUUCCAAAAUUCUGAGAAAAUGAUUUUUCUCUCAACAGCUGCUGCUAGGUUUGAUUA